AAUAGCAAAACAGAAUAACAAUAGACAAGGAAGAGACUCCCCGUUGUCUCUGCUUGCAUAUCCGUUAGGCCCAUGAUACUAAAACUAACAUGUUAGUUUUCAUCAGAAAAUAUUUCAAGCAACGAAAAAGCCUUAAUUCUACACGGACGGACUGGAAUUAACACUAAGAAAAUAUACGCCGCAUGGGUUAUUACCUUUAUUGUUAAAUUUCAUAUGUGGUUACUCUGUCAUUGUUAGCAACUUUAUGUCAGCUUUUUUUGUAGGAAGUGCAGUUUUCCAUAGAUUUUACAGCAUAAAUCGUUUUUGGUGUAUCUAAGCAGAGAUGAGACAGCUAGUGUUGAACAAAACGAUUGGGACUGCUUUGCCCAACGGACGAGCUGGCCAUUCUCAGGCCCUACACAGGAAGGCUACCACAACACGACCAAAAGGCAAUUGAGAUUGGAGCAUGAAUAUAAAAGCAAAGAAAGCAAUAUGGAAACGCCUAUAGAUGCUUCAAAAGCAAUCACUUCAAAAAAACGAAACCGCAGCAAAUGGGAUAACAACUGUCGGAUAAGUUCCGAAAGGUCGUCUAACACUCUCUGUGAAUCUACACUGAGCCAAGUUUCUCAAAUCGAAAUAGGCCAGUUUUGCCCGAAAAACUUGUUUUAUAUAUUUAUAGUGAAUGAAAGUGACGAUAAAUCCGCUUCUUUAUUGAGCAACUUGAUAGAUAUUAAUAAGCGCUAUGAAGAGCUAUCAUCUAUUACUUUUAUAUCGCGAGAUGAUGUUUUGGACUUUGGACGCACUAGCACAGACUGUAUUUAUCCAAAUCACCUGAAGCCUUUACUGUUGAGCGUUAUAGAAAAUACCCACAGCGCACCAGGUGAGAUCACAAUAAAUGAUGAAAGUCAAAUCUUAAAAUUAAAACUGAUUCAAGUUAUGUACAGUCAGUAUGUAGUUAAAGUCAAGGAAGACGACAAGCGACGAAGUUUAGAAAGUUUUUUAAAUGUUCUCACGAAGGAAUGCAAAAAAAAGCAAAAAAAGGACGAGACGUUUUCUAAGGAAGAAGACAAAAACAAGUAUCAAGGGAAAGAUGAAAAUAAAAGGAAACUCGGAAAAAGUUUCAAUGACGGUAGUAAAAACGAGAAAAUUGAUUACACUCCAAUUCCACUCACUAACGACGGUGUAAGCUAUGAAGAAAAUAUUUUCGAUUACGUUUGGUUUUACUGUUUUCACGGUUUCUAUAACGCUGACAUUAUUCAGAAUUUAUUGGAGCAGGUUGGUGUCCCUGUAUCCGGAAUAAUUAAAUUUAUUGAUCAGAAAGAAGCAAAUGAUCCAAGUGGUGUGGGCCUAUUUUGGAAUAAAAUUGAACAGAUCUUUUUUGGAAACACCACACCAUAUAAAUAUUUACAAAAUACGAUAUUACUUCAGUUUUGUGUAUCAGAAUUCUCCGAUUCGCUAGUUGUUCUCGAAGAGUUCGUCACCAUGCUCCGAAAAGUCCUUAAUGUAAAAUUAACUCACUUAAACUACAUUCAGCAUCUGAAGGUCCAUAAAAUGCAACAUUCCUAUAGAGUGAUUCAAAUCGACUGCUUAAAAAAAUACAAUAGAUAUUUGCGAAAUAUACCUAGUGAGUGCAUUAACCCGCAACUAGUCUUGAGUGGACUGUUGGACGAAGUAGGUUUUUCGAUGGAAUCAGAUGUGUCCGAGAAAUCCAGCCUGAGCAGCAUAUUAUUUUCCAAACAUCUUAAACCAAGCAAAUCAUCCCACUGUAUGGAAUUAAUGCGUGAGACAAAUGCAAUGGCCUCAAAGCAAAAAAGUCGAACGCAAGUAAACCUAAUGGUGGCAAAUGAUGAUAAACACAGCUUCCUGGUCCAUGAUGAUAAUAUCUUAGUAAAAGUACUAAAGUCUUAUAAAUAUACAGGAGCUAAAAGUGCAAAUGAUACUUUGAAUUUGAUGAACCGUAUUCCAAUUUUCUCGGGCUUGAACUAUUUAAAUAAUAUUCUAGACAUUGCGCAUAAACACGAUGUUAAUCCUUCUGCAAAUCAAACAGCACGAAGCGAUUUGGUUGAUAAUUUGAUGUACGUAUUUUUAUUUAGUAAAUUGAUUAAUAAUAUGAGUAGAUCCGAUUUAAAAUCCGUACAAGUUCCUCUAAGUAAUUUGUGGACUUUCGACUUAUACCAAUAUUGGAAAGAAGUGGAACUAAAAUUUCAUAAUGAGAUCGAGGGACAUUCUGACGAAAAUGUUUAUGAUACAUCCAUAGUACACUUCCGUUGGAAAGAAAAUCUUAGCAAAGAGGUUUUAAUCCAAAAAGUAUUUGCUGCUUCGGACAAAUUUUUAUAUGCCCAUAAACAGUAUUCGCCUGAGUCUGAUAAUUAUUUAGUCGCAUUUUCGGACAAACUAGACGACUUUGGGAUUAACAUUAAAAUAGUAGAUGUACUAGUCCGAACUCCCGUUUGUAUACGAGAUUUCUGUAGAUACCUGGUAGUUGACGAAUCCAGGUGGUUAAAAAAUAAUAGAAUACAUAUGAACGAACACACGUUUAAACCUGCUUUUCAAGAGAAUUGUCCUGGAGUUCGCAAAGUAAAGACGCAGCUUAAUGUGUUUGAGGAAUAUUUCUAUUUGUUGGACGAAAACGUAAAUGAAGACAGCAUGAAUGACCUGCAAACCGAUUCCUCGCCACCAUGUCGCCCAUAUAAUCAAAAGGCAGAACUUAGUUUUUCUAAUAUUUUGAGUAACUUGGAGAAGUGUUCUGCAGAUAUGAACUUAAUGGAAGAAACCGAAACUUCUUACGGAGAUGAAGAUAUGCUUGCCUACGAUUUGGGCAGUAAUAUAUUCAAAGUUGUCGGCAAAGUUACAACGUUUCAUAGCCAUGAUUCUGUGAAAGUAACCAUUGACAAUACAAAAUUCCUUCAAGCCCCGGAUCAAUGCACUUUCACUGUGGACAGUGCAGAAUCUACCCUCAUAUUGCAUACUUCAGAAUUUUUAUUAUCGCAACCUUUCCUUGGAACAAUUAUAUUGAAUGAUAACACUCGGAUAAGCUUUUCCGUGCCAGAGAAACCGCAAAUCGAGUGUACAGAGGGAAGAAAUACAUUGACUGAAAAUCCUGUAGAUGUUGGAGACGGUGAGAGCGAAAUUGGAAAUAUUGUUUAUGACAACGAUACUUCCCCUGUUGGUAACGAAGCUGCAAGCGGCGAACAAUUUGUGCAUUAUGUAGAUGCAGACUUCAUUACUAUGCUACUAGAGGGAAAACCCUUAGAAGCCCUUUCAGCAAAAGAGGAGACGGCGGAUUUGCUGGAAUCUGUUAUAAAAGCAACAGAAAAUAAUGGAGUUAUAUAUAAAGUGAAUAAACAAUCAAGUUAUCUUAAGAGGCGGAACGCUAAUUUAAAAUUGCCUUUAGAAGAUGCCCUAAGAAAUAUCGUUUCUCCAGGAGCAUUUAAUUCUCGGGGGCAAAAAGCAGUUUUCGCAUCGCCAUGUCGAUCGAAUCAAGACCCCAAUUUCGAGAUAAAAACCUCUAUUGACUUUCGAAUUUGUUUACCAAACGGUUUAUAUAUUCGACCACAUUUAAGUGUAAUAGAUAAAAAAAAUAUUAUGAUUAAGCAAGAAUAUGCCGCUCAAAAGCCAAAUGUACUUGCCAUUCAACAAGAAGAAUUUAGAUUGUUCAGCAAUCAAGGGUUGGUGCUUAUCAAGAAGGUUGAUGGUACCAUGAGCAUUUUGAAAGCGAACGGAGAUAUGUUUCAUUUUGAAAAAUUGAACGGCGGCAUCGAGGAGAAAAGCAAGGUAAAUGCUUGUAAUUGCCCCACCAGUGCUGACUACCGAAAUAAACUGAAUAAA